AUGCUGGAACAGAUGCAGGGUCUAAUGCACCUGGAGUUGGCCGGUUGUAAUGACUUCACGGAGGCCGGUCUGUGGUCCAGCCUGAACGCACGGCUCACCUCGCUCAGCGUCAGCGACUGUAUCAACGUAGCAGACGACGCCAUCGCUGCCAUCUCACAGCUACUGCCCAACCUGUCAGAGCUCAGCCUGCAGGCCUACCACGUAACCGACACAGCCAUGGCUUACUUCACAGCCAAACAGGGCUACACCACUCACACGCUGCGUCUCCACUCGUGUUGGGAGAUCACCAACCACGGUGUGGUUAACAUGGUCCACAGCUUGCCCAACCUCACGGCUCUGAGCCUGUCAGGCUGCUCUAAAAUCACUGAUGACGGGGUGGAGCUGGUAGCAGAGAACCUGAGGAAGCUGCGGAGCCUGGACCUCUCCUGGUGCCCACGCAUCACUGACAUGGCCCUGGAGUACAUCGCCUGUGACCUCCACAAACUAGAGGAGCUGGUACUGGACAGAUGUGUGAGGGUAACAGAUACAGGUCUAGGGUACCUGUCCACCAUGUCUUCUUUGAGGAGUCUCUACCUGCGCUGGUGCUGUCAGGUGCAGGACUUUGGGCUACAGCACCUGUUUGGCAUGAGGAGUCUGCGUCUUCUCUCUCUCGCAGGUUGUCCACUCCUAACCACUACAGGUCUAUCUGGUUUGAUCCAGAUCCAGGAUCUAGAGGAGUUGGAGUUGACCAACUGUCCUGGAGCCACAGCUGAACUCUUCAAGUACUACUCACAACACCUGGCACGCUGCAUGGUCAUCGAGUAG